UGGCAGCAAUCUAUCGGUGUUAUUUCCAUCAUUUCUUCGGAGAAAUACAAUGAUGAUAAAACCUUGGUUGGCUAAACUGGGAUAGAGCUACUCCCUUUAGGCAGUGUUGCAAAUAUGUCUGAAAAAGAACUUGGACAAAAGUGGGAUCGCUGUCUCGCCGACUGUGCUGCUAAGAUUGGAGCUGGUCUUGGUUUAGGAAUCGUCUUUUCAGUUGUUUUCUUCAAACGUCGCACAUGGCCAAUUGCAUUUGGCACAGGAGCUGGCCUUGGCAUGUCCUAUUCAAACUGCCAGAAUGACUUGAGAUCACACUAUCUCCUUUACAACACCAUUCCGAAGAAGCAGUAGCAGUUGUUCCUCAAGGCGGUCUGCUAUGUAAUUUGUUUUUUGAUCUCAGAGGCUAAUUGUCAUGCUGUGUACUGAUCUGCCGUUCAACCCCUCCAUGUGCCUGAGCAAGACAGACAUUGUUUAUUUAAUACAAUGAUUUUUUUUCUUCUGAAAAACACAAGGACCACUGGACAUAUGCAAUGUUAUUUAGGUCAGAAAUGUAACCAAAACGAUGAACAUAUUGCCUGCUAUGGUUCCAGUUUUACCUGCCAAUAACAUCAUAACAGCUUGACCAGCUGUGAAUGCUAUUUUCUUUCUUCAUUUGACGAUACAUUGAGUGAGAACUUUGAGUAUGUGUGUGUGUCUGUUUGCAUAAUUGUACGACUAUAUUAAGUAAUUCCAAUUAUUCCAUCCUAUCGUCCUGCACUAGAAGAGAUGUUGAAGCUCUACACACUCCUCCAUUGAAUCUGUGGGGAAAGGAGGGAUCUAGAAUGCUAUAAUGUUUGUAAAUAAAGGCUCUAUUUCUCUCAAA